GGUAAAAGUGAGCCUAACCUCAAAAUUAGUGGAAAAAAAAAGUUUGUUUGAAGGGCAGUGAAUUUUUUUUUCAUAAACAUUUGGUUUUCUGUGUGAGCAACCGCACAAUGACAACGACCCUCAAGUAUGUGGGUAAGCCAACAAGCCUCGUUGGAAAAACAUUGUGGGAGAUUCUUGGGAAUCUAAAAGAUUUCGGUGUCGGUCGAAUUAUUGUACGAAAUUCACAGACAACCAGAUACAAAGAGCCAUGUUUCAUGCGAGUGCUUGAGGUUAAAGCUCAACCCAAUGAAGUGCCACCAAAGUUUAAAAUAUUUCGACCACCAAAUGAUCUCCGUGACAAAGACCGACCACGACAAGUGUAUGCUCUAUGCGAAGUUGUUUUUCGUGGUGUUAAAAUGGAAACUCUACAAUUACUGCAGGGGGAAUCGUCUGUGCCCGAUUUCCAAUUGAUACCAAAACAUUUGGAAAAGAAUUACAAAUUUACAAAAACUGAAGCGCAGCGGAAAGAAGAGAACAUUUUACCAAGAUAUUUGGAGUUUCCACCGUUUCUCAAAGACAUUCUCGUCAAAAACGGUGUUAAAGAGCCAAAAUUGAAAACAGUCGACAAUCCGGCCAUUAAAUCGCUAUACCGUGUAGCUAAAGAAGGCGAAGAACCAACCAGAAAAUUUGAGAGCGGAUUCGACGCAACAAAAUGCCCAAAAUUAUACGAAGGAAUCAAUUAUGAUAUUUAGUUAGCUUGGAGCUUAACGUUGACCUCCAAACAUAGAAUUAGAUCAUGUAAUGUUUUUAUCGAAAAACACUGUUGAAAAUCACAAAAAAAACACAGUUAAUUACCAAAACGAGAAAAAUAAAGAGAAAAAAAUCGAAAUAGAUAGA